GUUCCGUAAACAUUUAACCUUAUGAACUGGCCCCGCCCAGCGCGAAAACUGUCCUGUCUAACCUUGGGAAUUCCCCUCGCCCAGACGCCACAGUUUACAACUUUUUUCCCUUAGUUCUUGCACCGGAUUUGUAACCGCUGCGGCAAUUGUAAACCGUUAAACCCAAUUUAGGCGCAGUACUGUCCCUGUCGCGUUGUAAUAGCGAGCUAUGGACGGGAAAGCUAGGCCACGCGAGAAGCUGGAUGUGCCAAACGUGGCACCAUUUGAGCAAAAGCUAGCAAACUUGACGCGACAGCGACCAGCAAUCGGGCCAGCACCUCGAAGCUCAGUGCUGGACAAGCUAGCGGCCUUUCUGCCACAACUAGCCCAUGAGAAUGAGCGGCUACAGGAGCAAAUGCAGAGUCGACCUGCCACUGACUUCGAUAUUGAGCACAUUGAAGGAGAAAAGACCGCGACCUACAUAGAAAUGGAUCUCGCAUGUGGUGUGCUGGAGCUGCGGGAUGAGGCGGCGCUGCGGGCUGCGGAGGCGGCCAUGGAGGGACGCAGGGGCGGGCUGGGGAUGUCGGAGGACGGCAGCAGCAGCGACAGCAGCAGCGAAGAGGACGAGGAGGAGGAAGAGGACAGCAGCGAGGGCAGCGAGGAGGGGGUUGUAGAGCCCAGCAACAGCAGCGGAGGGCAGGAGGAGCGACGGGCGCGCAAGGGAGAGGGGUUGGGAGGUGGUGAUAGAGGCGGAGACCCAGGCCGGAACGGUCAGGAGGUGGUGGAGAUGGAGUGUGACGCUGGGGAAGCGGAAGGGCGGUCUGGGCAAGGAGCGCAGGGCAGUGGUACUGGGGCGGCGGUGGUGCGACCUGGUGCGGGGAAGGGUGCGGGGCGACGACGGAAGCUGGCGGCCAAGCGCAACAAGAUGAUCGAGGAGUUGCCCUAGCGGUGCUGGCAGUAAUCCGUGGCAUGGUUUCGUAGCAUGUUGCAUUAGGAGGAAAGAUACUUUAUAGCACUCAUGGAAACGCAUAGCGGGAGAAUGGAGUCGAUGUACUUUAGGACGUACUUGCUUGGUACUGCGUAUAGGCGCUGGUCUAGCUCACGGAAACCUUGCGAAAUGUAUGCUGCGCAUUCUUUCAGCUAUGGGCGCCUAUGUGAUGUGAGCGUAUACGGUAAUGCACGGAUUGCAGAGUUCCGAUUGGUGACGUAUGGUUUGGGCAGCCGCCCACGGCUUUGUAGUCGACGCAACAGACGGGUUAGAUAUGUGUUGAUGCGAUGAUGAGCUCAGGUACGUUUUGCUGUCACGUGCGUGUGCUUGGAUGUGUUCAGCUGUCACAGGGCGGUAGAGAACUCCCUGCGUGAGUGAUGACCGAACAGGAGUACAGGAAGCACGUGAGAUGUGAAGGUAUGUGCCUAAGGGCGCGGAAAGCUAAGUUUUAUGGGAUUUGUCACCAAGGAAACAACAGACAUUUGCGAAAACUUAGCCCUCCCCGAGAGCGGAGCCGAAGGGGAAGCGGGACAGUUACAAAGGUGAAGGAAGUAUGGUGGCGGUGACGUCCGGCUGUUGUACAGUGUCUUGGUGAUAAAAGUAAAUACCGAAUUAACGAUCAGCAUGCAACAGAAAGACGGGACAAGGCAGAAGUAAUGACGACAAGUGUCAGCGUGUAUCAGCGCGGGUUAGGGG